CCCACACACAAUCAAUUUUUUGAACAAACCAGAGGAGCUACUUCCCGUAGCAUCUCAUCUUCAACAUGGCGUCCAACAAGCUUGGCAAGAUGGCCGGUUACAUCAACUACCGCAUGCGUGUGACCCUGCAGGACUCGCGACAGCUGGUUGGCCAGAUGCUCGCCUACGACCGACACAUGAACCUCGUUCUGGCCGAUACCGAGGAAUUCCGCCGCAUCAAGCGCAAGCAGAACAAGCCAGCUGCUCCCGGCGGCUCAUCAGCCGGCCAGACCGUGGUCCAGGAGGAGAAGCGAACGCUGGGCCUGGUGAUUGUCCGUGGAGCUCACAUCAUCUCUCUGACCGUCGAGUCACCGCCUCCCGCCGAUCCUAGCGCUCGACUCGGCAAGGCCACCACCGGCGGAAUUGCUUCGACUCUUCAGGCUGGCCCUGGCGUUGCUCGACCUGCCGGACGUGGUGCUGCCGCUCCGAUUUCUCUCGCCGGCCCAGCUGCUGGUGUUGGCGGAGCUGCUCCCCCUCCGGGAUUCCCUUCUUUCCCUGGUGCUCCCGGCGCUCCUGGUGCUCCUGGAUUCCCUGGACGAGGUGCCGCUCCUCCUGGCUUCCCUGGCCAGUUCCCUCCACCUGCUGGUUUCCCCGGCGCUCCUGGCUUCCCUGGCGCUCCGGGUUUCCCUCCUGGAGGCCCUCCUCCCCCUGGAUUCAACCCCCCUCCUCGACGAUAAGAAGCUGAAAGCUGGCUCUAAUUUCUGCGAUACCCACGCAAAAAGCAAUCUGGUCCAAUAUGAUAUCCCGGGAUAUAAAGGGAGAAAUAAAAUAUCUGCGGCUGUUAGAGAAUGGGUGAUUUGGAAUAUUUUCGCUCGGAAACCACUGUUAUGAUCAAGGGUGGCGUUUGGUGAUGCUCAAAAUGACAUCGGGCUUGUAAUCUAGCAUCGGCCAGGUACAUUAAGCUAUGAAUCGGAACUUUUUUUUUCUUCGGCAAACGAUGCUGGUGUUUUGAAUGGCCAUUUUUGGUGUUUGUUGAUGAUUUUAUGCUGAAAUGUGGCUCCCG